AUGCCCCCCCAGGAGCUCCUGGACUACUCGCCCGCCCUGCGGAGACACAGCCCCCCCCGGGGCAGCGGCCCGGAGCUGGGCAUCAAGUGCGUGCUGGUGGGCGAUGGCGCCGUGGGCAAGACCAGCCUGGUCGUCAGCUACACCACCAACGGGUACCCCGACGAGUACCAGCCCACCGCCCUCGACACCUUCUCCGUGCAGGUCCUGGUGGAUGGAGCCCCAGUCCGGAUCCAACUGUGGGACACUGCUGGACAGGAGGACUUUGACUGUUUGCGCUCGCUUUGUUACCCCGACACAGACGUCUUCCUUGUCUGCUUCAGCGUGGUAAACCCAAGCUCCUUCCAAAACAUUACUGAGAAAUGGAUCCCUGAGAUACGAACUCACAACCCCCGGGCGCCGGUGCUGCUGGUGGGAACGCAGGCAGACUUGCGGGACGAUGUCAAUGUCCUCAUCAGCCUGGAUCGCUACCAUGUGAAGCCCGUGCCCCGGCCUCAGGCAGAAGGUCUAGCUGACAAAAUCCGGGCUGAAGCCUACCUGGAAUGCUCAGCACUGACCCAGAAGAACCUCAAAGAAGUUUUCGACAUGGCCAUUGUCAGCGGUGUUGAGCACAAGGCACGGCAGGAAAAGAAGAUGACUGCCAAAGGCAUCAAAACUCUCUCCAAGUGCCGCUGGAAGAAGUUCUUCUGCUUUGUCUGAAGCUGCUUUGAGGGGGGGGAAAAGAAACACCUAAUGCCAGUACUGGCUCUGCACCUUCUUGGAGUGACUGCUCCUAUGGCCCUAGCAAGGAGGGUAUGAUAAGCUGCUGGGCUUGGAAACCUGGCUCUUGCUGGGUUACAGUAUCAGAUGCCUAGGAGACAUGAACUGGAUUUCCAUUGUGCCGGGAUGUGGAAUGGUCCAGGCAGGUUUAAGUACCUGCUGGACAUGUCUGUAGUGUCCCAGACUAAUGGGAGCCUUUAAUACACCAAAACUCAUACCCCAGAACAGGCUGGUUCCUUACGUUGUUCAAAAUGACCAGCUUUCUGUCUGAAGCUAACAUACUUUUGGAGUCCUGACGCAGAAUAAUAAACGUGAGGGACUUCUGAAGUCUGCCUAUGUUUUGGCUGAUUUACAGGCUUGGCAGAGAGUAGGGCAGGGGCAGUUACAGGCAACUGCAGUAUGGUCGGACAUGGGCUGCCGAGUUUGUAACAGAAGACUUGGGUUCCCUCUCUGAUUCUGCUUGCCAAAAUAGGUAGAAGUCACUUGGCUGUGAAAAAGCAGUGCUCUUUCUUAAAGGCCCUGUAUUGUGAGUACCCUUGAGAAGGUUUUUCCUAAAUAAAGGCCAUUAGCAGGCUGAAGAGAAAAUGCACUGGGAGCUACAGUAAUUCUUUAAGCAAAAUGUUCUCUGAGGGGACUCUGUAGUCCAGUGGGUGCCAGUACUAUAGUCCUGUCUUAAGAGGUAGUCAUGAACUUGGGGACCUAUUUUGAAAGGCCUUUUGUGUGUGUGGUGUUUUGAGAGAGCAAGUGAGGAACAGUGAUGAGUGGCUCUGUCUGUCCAGCAGAGACAAAACCCUGUCAGCGAAGGGUUUGUAACACUACCAAGGGGUGAAAUGUAGAUGGAGAGCCAUGCAUGUAGUGAAAGGAGAAGAGAGAAGGAAGAAAAGAAAGGGAGUAAAAAGGAAAAAAGAUGGAAGGAAGAAAGGGAGGUGGAGAAGGAAAGAAGAAUGAACAUUGUUAAAUGAAAGUUGUGAUUCUACUUGGUUGAGAAGUUAAUAUUCAGGGAAUCUUCCAGGGACCUGGGAAAUUUGCUAGUGAUCUCAGUUUCAAAGUAAUAUUGUCCAUACCUUAAGUUCUGAAUCAAAAGGAGGGGGUUGUAGUGAGAGAGAAGAGAGAGAGAGAGUUCCUCUCUGUGAGUAAAAUCCUCAGUUUCAGAUCUAUGCAGGAGAACAGAAUUUACCUUGUACUGUUUUUUCUGAGGCUGCAGAACAGGAACGGAGGGCUCAGGGCUUCUUUCUGUUGUGCUUCCCUUUCUUAAAAGUCACUGCUUGAUCUGCUGAAAUCAAAAGCAAAGGAAUCCAUGAAGUUCCUGCCAGAGAAAAACAUUCACUAUGUUUGCUCUGUUCCCUUCUCACCUGUUUCUCAGGGGAUUAAUUUCCCAUUGAGUCUAUUCACAUUUUAUUACAGAACUUGCAUCAAUUUCUAAAACUUUCACAGACACAUUUCAUUCUGGUUUAUGUAGCAGAGAGUGUGACAGGUCUGUCAAGCAAUGCUUUCACUACUCAGGGGGUUCUCUGCAUCUGGCCAUGGCCCAUCACUUUGGGGAUGCUCUGGAGUAAUGUGACAGAAGGGGAUAGAACUGUGGAUUGUUUGCCCUGCACCAAAAGCAAGCAUACCUGAGCUAGUGGGCCUGUAAAAAAAACAAAUGCAAGUAAAGCAGCAUGGCUCUGGAUCCAAACAAAUGCCUGCAAACCUCUCCCACAACGGUCUGUCUUUGUGGCACAGCUCAGGUAGUCCCCAGGGCAUGAGACAAGCCUGCUCUCUCCCUGGGCGGUAUCAUAGUAUGGAAGAGGUGGGCAGGUCUUCUUGCAAAGGGAUGUGGCCCACAGCCUUGGAGCUGCUUUGUAGGGUAAGGCUUAGAGACCUGAAAAGGGUGGCGUGUCAAAAUGAGCUGAAUGUUGAAAGGACUCCCCCAGCAGAAAUGCCAUCCGGGUCUAGUGAGGAGUCCUAAGAGAUGGAGAGUACAGAGGCGGUAGCUAGAAGUGACAUGUCCUACGCACCUCUAGGCAGGACACCACUUCCUGAACAAAGCUCUCGCUCAGCAAUGCAUCCCUGCAUGUAUUUCCUACCUGUACAGACACCUUUGCUGUAUCCCUAGUUCAGUUUGUCUGUUGUGUCUUUACACAUUUCUUUAGCCUGUGAGACCGCAGGCUGUGGUGUGACCUGCUAAGGAGCACACCAUACCCCCAUAGAGCAAAUCCACAGGGGGAAAGAACACCAGCCUCCCUCCUGCUCAGGAGAGCAAGGGUUGUCCUGCAGUAGCUUGGUAUGAAACAGGGAUUAUUUCAUUCUGGAAAAGAAACUGUACUGAGAGCUGCUUUCUUCCUCUGUGAUUGUGUCUAAUAUUUGUUCAAAUAAAUUUUUUUAA